AAUACAGAAUACUUCCGGUUGGUUAAAGGACAACAAUAUGGCUGCCUCGUGUAUCUAAGGAUCUCAAUGUUACAUUUUACUUGGAUGCAUUUAAUUGUAAUAGCAUUACAUAGUUCACAUUGCAUCUGAUUUCCAUCAAAUGCAUUCUAAUUCGCUGGCUGUACAUUAUCGUCAGUAGUAAAAAAUGUUUCAAGUUAUUAGUAGAACGGGUACCCCUGUUACUCGUCUUCUCGCAUCCCGGGGUGCCGUGCUUGUGGAGGCUGUCAGAGGGAGAAAGUCCCGCAACGACCCGAAGGCCAAGUCGAAAGAGGGACGGAUCAAAGUACCACCUCCCAUUGACCCAGUCGAGAUGGUAGUUCUCAAGGAGAGAUUUACAGAGUAUGAAUUAAUCAUGAGGGCACUUCGUCUGGAGUUCAAGGAGGAGAUGCUGAGGAAGAGAUACGAGGCGGAGGUGGGGUCCCAGGCGGAGGAGAGAGCGAAGCAGGAGGCGGAGGAACACCGUGCGCUUAUGGCAUGGAACGAUGCAGAGAACCUCCGCAUGCGAAAAGUCAGAGAGCUGAGAAUCCAGAAUGAGCUGGAAGCAGCUGAGCUGAAGAAAAGCGAGGAGGCCAUCCAGGCAGAGCAGCUCAUGCAGGAGUUAAUCAGAGCAAAGGAGAGAGAGAUCCUGCAGUUGCAGGAGGAUGCAAAGAACUUUAUCACUUUGGAGAACUUGGAUCAACGCAUCGAAGAAGCUCUAGACAACCCACAGAACUAUAACUUUGCCAUUGAUAAAGAUGGCCGCGUGGUGAAGAGGACAGUACUGGAGUGAUCUUCUCACUGACAGGUCUCCUACUGUCAUCACUAAGUUGACUACAUGUGGGUUCUAUCAUUUGUUGAUCUGAGAGGAGUCAUAGGAAUCAGUGGAUGUGAAAAGAGGUUAGCAUUCCCUGGUUACCCUCGCCAGUCCACCAAUGAAUAUAACAAGUGUCAAACCCUGUGUGUAGACAUUGCAGGUACACGUGUGUAUGUAAUAAUUAUAUUGUACAGAACAGUUUCUCAAACUUUCUACUCCUGUCCUGUGAGCCAUAUUUGAGUUUGUCUGUGUAGACAUAAGUGUGCUAAGCCUAAUAAAUAUUUAAAUCCUUUA